AUGGGGGUGGACAUCUUUGCUUUGACAGUGUUCACCUUGAGUCACCUGUGGCCACAUGUUCAAGCUUCAAGUGUAGUUCGGUUAAACACAGGGCUUCGGGUAGCCAGAGGCCAGUCAGUAUUUGUCACGGCUGGUGAACUUCAGUUCCACACGGAUGGGGUAUCUGAGGCCUGUAAAGUCGAAGUAGUGCUCACUGAACCCAUCACACAAAGAGUGGGGAAACUCACUCCUCAGGUUUUUGACUGCCAGUUCUUUCCAGAUGAGGUGAAGUAUGUUCACAAUGGCAGCCCACUUCUAGAAGAGGACACUGUCAUGCUGAGGGUCUACAGGUUUACAGAAACCGAGACUUUUGUUGAGACUGUGCUGCUAAAGGUUCAUGUGGUGGAACCUCAAAGGAGCCUCACAGAGCUUGGAAAUGUUCCUCUAGUGGUUUCUGAGUUCUACGGCCUUUCCAAUGCCAUCAAUAGCAGUGUCCUUACCUUUAAAAACCAACCCGAAGUGAUCUGCACGGUACGUCUUCUCAGCUCUGAGAUCAACAUCCCAAUGCUUGGUCAACUGGUCACUGAGGAUCCUGAAUCAAUGCCGGCUUCUGAGUCUGGACCGAGAAAAGGACGUCAUACUGGAAUCACCUGCCCAGGAAAUAAAGUCUGUGACCACAACACAAGAGAAGUAGAGUUCUUGAAGACAGACUGCGCCGAGUUCCUCACUUCAGGACUGAAGUACCAGCACCUCAGUCCUCCAUCACCUGAGAUAGAUUAUAUCCCAAUCAGGGUGGAGUUUAGGGACCUGACCUCCCGAGCCAUGCUGGAGACUGAGAGUAUCUGGAUACCUGUACUGAUCCAGGGGGCCAUGCAGAAUCAACCCCCCAGUGCUGCCUUCAUGUCUACAUUCAUCCUGGAGGUAGAUCAGUUCAUCCUCACACCCAUGACCACUGCUGCCCUGGAUGCAAAAGAUGACGAGACCCCUCAGGCCCGGCUGAUCUUCAAUGUGACCAAACCUCCAGCGGAGGGAUAUAUAACUCAUUUGGAUGAUCACACCAAAACUGCAUUCUCCUUCUCCUGGCAAGACCUGAAUGAGAUGAAAAUUGCCUAUCAGCCCCCAAACAGCAGUCACACAGCCAGGAGGAACUAUGAGGUGGAGUUUCAGGCCAUCGAUGGCUCAUUUGUGCCGAGUCCUCCUAUCUUAAUGCACAUCUCUAUCCGCACUGCAGAGACCAAUGCUCCUCGAGUCUCAUGGAACAUGGGGUUGGAUCUGCUGGAAGGCCAAUCCAGACCAAUCACAUGGGAGCGCCUACAGGUUGUUGAUAAUGACAACAUAGAUGCCGUCACCCUUAUAGCUAUGGACGGCCCACUUAAUGGACACUUAAGUGUUAGAGGUGGAAAAGGUUUCAUGUUUAAGGUCAAGGAUCUCAGAGAGGCCGUCGUGGUCUAUCAUCACUCGGACAGCGACACCACCAGGGAUUACAUUGUCUUCCGAAUCACAGAUGGCCACCACAGCAUCAGACACAAAUUCCCCAUCUACGUUCUUCCAAAAGAUGACACCCCUCCUUUUCUAAUCAAUAACGUGGUCUUUGAGGUUCAGGAAGGUGGCACAGUUAGGGUGGAGGAGUACAUGCUGAUGGCCUCAGACUUGGACUCCAGCGACGACUACAUUCAGUAUCAGCUGAUUACUUUUCCCAGAGCAGGAAAGCUGGUUAAGAAGUCCUCUCCACAUGAACCAGGUGUUCCAGUGAAGAGCUUCUUGCAGAGGGACCUGUUUCAAGGUCUAAUCUACUACAACCACUCAGGGGAGGAAGUGUUUGAGGACUCGUUUGAUUUCAUCCUCUCAGAUAUCCAACAGCCUCCGAAUCUAUCGGACAGACAUACUGUGGUGAUCCAUGUGUUUCCAGUGAAGGACCAGUUGCCUGAGGAAGUUUCCGGAACGGUUCGCUCCAUCACGGUGAAGGAAACCGAGGUUGUUUACAUCACUCAGAGCCAUCUGCACUUCAGAGAUACAGAGCAUUCAGAUACUGACCUUAUGUAUGUGAUCAUUCAUCCCUGCUUUAACCUGAGAAAUACCAGGUUAUCAGAUGCAGGCAGGCUGUUUUAUACUGACAGCACAAACUCCAUGAAAAAAGAUGCAAUGGUUCCAGUGCUUAAGUCCUUUACUCAGGUCUGAAACAUGCACACAAAUAGGUUUCCUAAAUGUUGUACGCUAUUGAAAUUUGAGUGCAAAUAACAUGCCUCUUCAGUUAGAUAUUGUCUUUUUUGUCUUCCACAGCAUGCAGUGAAUCACCACAAAGUGGUUUACAUGCCUCCAAUAGAGGAUAUUGGCCCUGAACCUCUCUUUGUGCAGUUUGUGUUUUCUGUGAGUGACCAGCAGGGCGGUGCUCUCACAGGUCUCACCUUCAACAUCACAGUCAUACCUGUUGACAACCAGGCCCCAGAAAUGUUCACUAACUUGUUGAGGGUCGAGGAAGGUGGUGGGAGUUUCUUGAUGGAGGAGCACCUGCUGGUGCAGGAUGUGGACAGCUCAGAAGAUCAGCUCAGGGUUCACAUGAAGACUCAUCCCCAACAUGGAAGACUGGAGCUGCAGGGCACAGCAAUGCUAGAGAGAGACAGCUUCAGUUUGCAGGACCUAAAAGCAUUGAGGGUCAGAUACAUUCAUGAUGACUCUGAGACCCUGAAGGAUAGCAUUGGUCUUACUAUCACAGAUGGAAUCAACUCUGCCUAUGGAACGCUUUUAGUUCAGAUCCUGCCUGUGAACGACGAACCCCCACAGUUAGGCUCCGACUUGAGGGCUGAACUGUCCUGCAAAGAGGGGGAUCAGGUCCAUAUUACGGUUGAGUAUCUCUCUGCUACAGAUGUUGACAGCGAGGACACUCGGCUAACAUACAUGCUUGCCAGAACACCUGCACGUGGGGUACUGCAGCGAAACGGGGUCACCGUGGACAAGUUCUCCCAGCUGGACAUGAUAAAUGGGCUCAUCUUCUACCUGCACACAGGUGGUGAGAUUGGACCAGAUCCUGUCUCAGACACUGUCACUUUCAUUGUGUCAGAUGGAGAGGCUGGAACAAUAGAUGGCUGCUGCCAGGAGGAUGCUCUCCCCCCACCCGUUCCCCUGCAUGGCACGCUUCCGGUCUAUGACCUCAACAUCACUGUGAUGCCUGUCAACAACCAGGUCCCAACCAUAACGCUGGGUAACAUGUUUGUGGUAGAUGAGGGUGCCAGUGCAUGUCUGUGUGGGGGGGUUUUGAAGGCAUCCGAUCCUGAUAGUCAUCCAGACCAGCUCAUGUUUCACUUGGUGACCCCGCCACAAUAUGGGUUCCUGGAGAACACCCUUCCAUCCCCUGGCUUUGAGAAAAGCAAUGCUGGACUCCGAGUGGUUUCUUUCAGUCAGCUCCACCUCAGUUCGGGUUUCAUCAACUAUGUCCAGUCAGUGCACAAGGGUGUAGAGCCUACAGCAGACUUCUUUACCAUCACUGUCAGUGAUGGGAUUCAGAGAUCAGCACCAUUGCCCUUUUACAUCAUCAUCAACCCUACCAAUGAUGAGAUCCCAUCAUUGCUGCUUAGCAACUUCACAGUCAUGGAGGGAGGGAUGAAAGACCUCAGUCCUGAUAUUCUAAAUGCAGUGGAUGGUGAUAUUCCAGCAGAUACUCUUACCAUGACCAUCCUGGUUCCCCCAGCCCAUGGCACACUGGUCAAUGACAUAUAUGGUCUCAAGAUGAAUCACUACAAAAACAUGAACCCCGAGGUCCUUCAACGAAUCUUAGCAAUCCAGUCUUUCACCUUACAGGAGCUACAACAAGGAAUGAAGAUUAUGUAUAUGCACGACGAUACAGAAACCCUCAAGGACGCUUUCACCAUACAGUUGACAGAUGGUGGGCACACAGUCCAGGGGACUGCGUGUGUCCGCAUCAUACCAGUCAAUGAUGAAAAGCCAUGGCUACUAAAAAAUGCAGGCAUUGAGGUCGAGGCCCUGGAGAAGAGAGUCAUCUCCAGUGUAGUGUUGGAGGCAGGGGAUCAUGACACUCCCAACGACCAUCUUCUCUACAUCCUCAAUGCAGGUCCCAGAUUUGGCCUACUUCAGCUCAGGACAGAAGCUGGAUGGAUUGACCUGAGUCCAGGUCAGAAUUUCACCCAGGAGGAUGUGGAGAUGAAUCGCCUAUGGUACACUCACACUACAGUUAGUGGUUUCAAAGGCCAUGACAGGUUUCACUUUGUUCUCAGUGAUGGAGAAAACACAACACCUCCACAGAGUUUCUUCAUCUCUGUCCGCACUGUUCAAAAGGGUGAAAUCGCUCUAAUCACUAAACCUGUGACCUUGAUUGAGGGAGAGCGAGUCAUUCUGACCACUGACAUUCUGAUGGCCACAGACAGUGGAAGCGAGCCAGAUGAGCUCAUAUACACUGUAUCAGUCCCACCUGAACAUGGUCACCUACAUAUGGUCCAAAGUCCAGGGGUUCCAGUGCUUUCCUUCUCCCAGAUGGAUGUGGCUGCCAACCGGGUAUGCUACACUCAUGACAACAGCCGUUUUGCUGACCGUGAUUCUUUCAGCUUUGCCGUUACCAACGGUGUAACGUCCAGAAGAGGUACCAUUCAUUUCACUUGGGAACACAGUGACCGCAUACCACCAACCCUGACUAUCAACAAAGGCCUUGAGCUCACAGAGGGCUCAAUGAAGACCAUUUCCACUGAUGACCUGAAACUGACUGAUCCAGACACAGCUCUGGAGAAUCUCACCUACAUCGUUAUUCAAAGCCCACAAUAUGGAAAGUUGCUCUUGAAAAGAUUACCCAUCUCUAAGCCUCGUUUCACGCAACUGGACAUCAACAACAUGGAUCUAGCUUACCAUCAUCUGAAUGGACGGGCCAAGAUCGACAGGUUCACCUUUCAGCCUACUGAUGGAACUAACACAGGUUAUCUGGAGUACGGACAGCUGAAGAGAGAACCUGCUCUUUUUACCAUACAGAUAGAGAUAUUGGACAAGAUUCCACCCAGUGUUAUAAACAAAGGGAUUCCAAGUACUGUGGAGAAUCUUCUGAAUGGCAAACAGGGCAUCUACAUCACCUCCAAAGAGCUGCGCGCCUCAGAUCCAGACAGUCCUGACGACACACUGGAGUUCACCAUCACAAGGCCUCCACACUUCGGUUACCUUGAAAAUGCCCUCACAGGUGCCUUUAUCAAAGGACGCUUUACCCAGAAGGAUCUGGAGCAGAAAGCAGUGCGCUAUGUCAUACCUGCAGACGUGGAAGUGACAGCGGACAGCUUUGAGUUCCAAGUCACAGAUCCUGCAGGAAACACCAUGCUGCCUGAAGUGAUGGAGUUCAGGUGGUCUCGUGUGGAGCUGUCUGCUUCCUGUUAUCGUGUUUGUGAGAACGCAGGAACUCUAGCUGUGCAGGUGGUGCGCAGUGGGAACAGCAAAGAUCCGGCGUACAUCGGCAUACAGGUGGAAGAAGGAACAGCCAAAGUGGGGAAAGAUUUCACUCACAGUUCUGCCAACCUUAUACAGUUUGAUCCAGGUGUAAAUGUCAAAAUGUUGAACAUUUACCUCAAAGAUGACGGACUAGAAGAGAACCAUGAGAAAUUUGAUGUGGUUCUGAAGACCCCAAAAAAUGCUGUUUUGGGACAGAGGAACAAGGCCACAGUUGAGAUUGUGGAUCCGAGAAAUGGUUGGUGUAAUCCAGAUGAGUUUAUUGUUGAAGAAGAUGAAAAGAAACAUCCUUUCCAAAACCCACCACGCAUCCCAGAACCUGAACCACCUCUACUUGAGGAAUACACUCCAGACCCAAGGAGCGGAGUCCUUUGGGAGAACUAUCCACCAAGAGGGGACGUCCCAUAUCGCACACAUUUCAGCCAUUACAGCGAGGGAGAACAUCAGGACCAGGAGGCCUUUCACAGUCCGGGCCAAAGACAGUUGAGGUUCCUGGGUAGAAACGGGCACCGAGCACAUCUGUCAGAGGUGGACACGAGAAUUCAAGAAAGAGUUUAUAGAUUUCAUGGACUGAUCCCAGUGAGAGUGGAGGAGAAGGCACCAGCACCUCGUGUCCACUCUGAACUGGAGAUCACUCCCAUCUGGACCUGGCCUGGAUAUUCUGCUGAAUCAGUAGAAACUCCCCAGCACGACUCAGCCUCUUUUGUAAUUAAUUCAGGAGUGCAACAACACAAGUCUCAGAAGUCUGUUAGUAUUGGUUGUCCUAAUGGCUGGACUCACUACCGGAGGAACUGCUAUAUUUUGGGGCCUGGUAGUGCUAGCUGGAGCAGCGCACAACAUGCUUGCAUGCUGCUUGAAAGUGAACUGGCCAGUAUCCACUCAAAGACUGAUAUGAAGUGGAUGUGGAAGUUUGCUGGAAAGCAAUCAUUCUGGAUCGGACUCUCUGGCGGUCCAAAGCAGUGGUCCUGGACAGAUGGAAAACCACUGACGUUCUCCAAACUCCGGAAGGGUCACGAGGUGCACACUAGCUCUGAUGCCAGCUGUGUUUUAGCUCAGAGCCAGAAGAUAUGGAUUCCUAAAAGUUGCAUUGAUGGAUCCGAACACAGAUAUGUUUGUUCAGCACCUGCACAAAUCAGUUAAACCAGAUAUUUAAUUUAUA